AUGGCGGUGUGGACGCGGGCCACCAAAGCUGGGCUGGUGGAGCUUCUCCUGAGGGAGCGCUGGGUCCGGGUGGUCGCCGAACUGAGUAUCCAGGUUAAAGCACUGUGGCAACUUACAAGGUCUAAGUAUAGGACUCAGACAGCACCAUUAACUUUCUAUGUUCCCUAUACCUCAGAAAGCAAAAAUACUAAUCUCCUUCUUUGGUUUUUGUUCAUAGUCAAAUUCAUCCGGGAAGUAACGCCAUAUAUCAAGAAGCCAUCAUUAGUAUCAGAUCUGCCAUGGGAAGGUGCAGCUCCCCAGUCACCAAGCUUUAGUGGCAGUGAGGACUCUGGUUCUCCAAAACACCAGAACAGCACCAAGGACAGGAAGGUCAUUCCUCUCAAAAUGUGCUUUGCUGCUAGAAACCUAAGCAUGCCGGAUCUGGAGAACAGAUUGAUAGAGCUACAUUCUCCCGAUAGCAGGAACACGUUGAUCCUACGCUGCAAGGAUACAGCCACUGCACACUCCUGGUUCGUAGCUAUCCACACCAACAUAAUGGCUCUCCUCCCACAGGUGUUGGCUGAACUCAAUGCCAUGCUUGGUGCAACCAGUACAGCAGGAGGCAGCAAGGAGGUCAAGCACAUUGCCUGGCUGGCAGAACAGGCAAAACUAGAUGGUGGAAGACAACAUUGGAGACCUGUUCUCAUGGCUGUGACUGAGAAGGAUUUGCUGCUUUAUGACUGUAUGCCAUGGACAAGGGAUGCCUGGGCAUCACCAUGUCACAGCUACCCUCUUGUUGCCACAAGGUUGGUUCAUUCUGGCUCUGGAUGUCGGUCACCCUCACUUGGUUCUGACCUUACAUUUGCUACCAGGACAGGCUCUCGGCAGGGCAUUGAGAUGCAUCUCUUCAGAGUGGAGACACAUCGGGAUCUGUCAACUUGGACCAGGAUACUUGUUCAGGGUUGCCAUGCUGCUGCAGAGCUGAUCAAGGAAGUCUCUCUAGGCUGCACGUUAAAUGGCCAAGAGGUAAGACUCACUGUCCACUACGAAAAUGGGUUCACUAUCUCCAGGGAAAAUGGGGCCUCCGGCAGCAUGCUGUACCGCUACCCCUUUGAAAGGCUGAAAAUGUCUGCUGAUGACGGCAUCAGAAAUCUCUAUCUGGAUUUUGGUGGUCCCGAGGGAGAACUGACCAUGGACCUGCACUCUUGUCCGAAGCCCAUUGUAUUUGUGUUGCACACUUUCUUGUCAGCCAAAGUCACUCGCAUGGGACUGCUUGUAUGAGCAGCAAACAAUCAGAAAAGAGCCUUGAAUGUCACAAGAAGUAUUUCCACCUCAAAAAAAAAAAAAAAAGCACAAAAAGAAAGCUCUUUGCUCUCCUCCAGCACAGUGCCUUGAUGAGGACCUGACCUGCGAAUCACUGCUGACCCAUAACCGUGUUUAAAGAAGAGCCUACCUUUCACAAGCUACCUUGGCCAGAAUUUCUAGGACUCUAAUAAGCUCCAAAAUUAAGCUGUUGAUGUGUUGUUAGCUUUCUAAUGUGGUUUUUAAGUAAUUCAGUUUAAUUCUUCUGUUAAGAAGGGUGGCUCAUUGUUUUUCCUUUUGAACAUAGUCAAAUAUCCAAGAAGUUAGGGUUUCUUCCUGUAGGAUUUAUUUCAGACUUAGCUUUGAUCUCUUGCUUAGGAUGACUAUCUCGUCCCAGGUGCUAGUUUGCAGCAACCCAUGCUUCUUGGCCAUUCCAGAUAGGUUGUACAUCGUGUUGGAGUUUACGGUCCUCACUUGCUCCUUCCACCCUAGGAAGUCCUCUAGUUGGAUCACCAAAGCAUUCUCCCAUCUGUCCUGGCUCUCGCUACGUCCCACCAUGGCCGUCCCUCCCCACUGCAUCACCAGCUUCGCCCCUCCUAAGUGCUAACUGUAGACUUAGAACUUGCAAGAUUUGAUUUGCCUGGCCAUCCACUCCCUUUCUGGUGGUGACCACAUUGAAAAGCAAGUUGGAAACCACUGUUUUGAAAGAAAAGUUUUACUUGUUGGAGGGUCUUCUGAUUUUUAUCUUUGGUAGGAGCCAGGGAAUAUGGUAAGAUUUAUUUUAAAAGAAAAUCCUCACUCUAUUUUUCCCCCAUCAAUUAAAUAUAAUUGAUAUUUACUUUAAUGAGAAAAUCCUCAUUUUAGCCUAAGCCAUUUUUUAUUGCUUACCAAAUGUGCCUUUGGUUAGGGCUAGGAGCUUUAUUAGCCACUAUUUGAAUAACUGGAUAUCACUGCCAUUCCAGGGAGGUCAUCUGUCCUAGUUUUGAAGAACAGUCUUUGAGGCAGGUUUCCUUAGUGGCAUCUUCUCUGAUAGGCAGAUAUCUUUGAGGAAGAUAAAUCCUGGAGAGCAAGCUUGUCUCAAGAGGAGAAUCUGUGGAUGAAGCCAGCUUUGCAACACAAACAAAAUGUUGAGUUGCUCUGGGCUUUGUGCACCCAUGUGGGAUCCUGGCCCUGGCAUCUCCCCUUGUGGCAGCAGAGUGGCGUGGACGAGCAGCUGCUAAUCAAGACUCAGUGUAGCUUAGUAACACAUCCUACAGUGAACAGGGUGACGACAUCGUGGGUUUUGCUAAGCAUUGCCAGAUGUCAUCUUUAGGACACGUUAGCAGUAAGACUGCUGGUUUCAUGGAGAGAACACAUUCAGCAUGUUAUUUCUAAUAUGAAGGAGGUGUAUAUCUGAAAACAUUUGAAGUAGUAUAAUAACUAUAUAAAAUGUCAAGAUGAGCACAGUCCUUGGAACUGAAAGAAAAGGUAACAUUGACUUGGAUGUUCUCUGUGUUCUCUGAAGAAAGGUCUGGGUUAGUUCUCAUUUACUAGAUUUAUCAAGAGUGCCAUAGAGGAUGUGAACACUGCGGAGGCUGGAAGAGGGUGGCACUCCAAGGAGAAAAAGAAGGCGCAGCAGUAUGGGCAGCACAUGAGCUAUUUGGUUUGCGUGCAGACUGACGUGGAAAAGCUGCCUCUUGAGCAGAAAGUUCUAGUCAGACAUUCUAACCCCAUUGUCCUCACUCCUGCCCUGUGUGCAGUGAGAUUAACCACAUACAGAGGCUAGGAGAGAUGUCUCUUCUCCCCCCACCACUAGUCCCAAAAGUGAAUUGUCUGAUCCACUUGAAACUGGAAAUUGAAAUCUAGACUAGAAUAUGUCUUUCAAGAGCUUUUGUUUUGCAAAUUCAUAAACCCAAGUUUGGUUCCACCUGGAGUAAGUUUACAAGUUAGGGAAAGAAAAAAAAUAUCUUGAAGGUACAGCUAUGAUUUCUGGAAGAAGAAUUUGAAUACAUAAGACCCUCAGAUAAGGGAGCUUAGACAUUCUUUGCUGUGAGAGUAGUAAUCUGAGAUGAAUGAUGUAAUCACAGACUUUUGCAGCAAACCAUUUGGUUGAGGUUUUCUGUGUUAGUGUGAGAGGCUAAGCCACUGAAAAGAUUUUCAGAGGGUUACUUUUGAGCCACCUGCUCAUUAGUAAUAUGAAAAAGUUCUGUAAAAAAGGUGUGUUUAAAAUGUGGGCAGGAGAGAUAAGGCAAGUGUGCAUUUCGACUCCUUUUGUUCAGCCUUAAGCUGUCAAGUGUAGCCCCAAGGUCCAUAGGGUUUUAAAUAUUUAAUAGGAUCUUGAGUCUUGGAAAUGAAGUUGAUGGGAGGUUCCUGUGACCACUAGUGCCCCCAAGAGCAAGAGCCCUUGAGCUGCUUGUUUAACAUACUUCAACAGCUUUUCAAUCACAGAUGACCAGGUUGUUCUUCAAUUAAGUGUGUUUGAAGUACUUUUUAUGAAUGAGACAGCCUUGAUAAAUUCGUGCGUAUUUUCAAUCCACAGUUGGGAAUCUGCAUAUGAGGAGGGCUUACUGUAUCCAUUGUUCUACACUGUUUCAUGUAAGGGACUUGAACAUCCGUGGAUUUGGGUAUCCAUGGGUGGUCCUGGAACCAGUCCCUUGUGGAUAACAAGGGACGACUGUAGUUAAGUGUUUGGGGAGUCAAAAGUUAAUAUGUGGAUUUUCAACUGCGUGGGGAGUUGGCACUCAUAAUCCCCAUAUUCUCCAAGGGUUAAUUUGUACUUUGUAUUUAGAUGCCAAAAUAUGGCAAAUUAUUUUCAAAUGAUAAUUUAAAAUGAGCAUUUUUCAUAUUUCACAUAUUUUACAGAACAGCUAAUUUUUCAUUUCUUUUUGAUUUUGAAUUAGGAAAAUUAUUGAGAAUGUUGUGAGCUUCUAUGUGUAGAAUGUAGAGGAAUUGCAGAGUAGUGACCCCUCAUUCCAAUGGACCACUUUCUGUGCCCCUGAGACCUGGGCUUAGACAUCUUCUCCAUACUCCACACAUAUGCCUAUAAGAGAAAAGGCUCAGUUAUUAUUUUUCUGAAAAAGGUAAGUCCUUUUCUGAAGUCACCAAAUGAACCUUACCUGGAAAUUAGUAUCUAAUAUUUUAUAUGAAGAAAUACUUUAAUGUAUGUUUAUACAGUAUUUAUUAGAUAGUUGUAACUGUAAACUUGCCUACCUAGUAGACAGAGUUUCAGGUUAAAUAUUGGGACAUGUACAGGCAAUCAAAAAUAUUACUUUAAAUGUCACUCUCCUAUUUUAAAGCUAUGUUUUAGCACUUUUGGGGCUAGGUAAAGUCUGAUAGUGCCUGUUUUUAUCAUCUGUAAUCUCACAAACUUUGUUACUGAAAAUUAUUGCAUGGCAGGAGAGAUUGAAUUAUUUAUUUCUUAUAUUUUUAUAAGUGGAAAAAUCUCUCUAACCAACAAAUGAUAAAAGUUGUUACUGAUUUGUUUUCUUAACCUCCUAAGCAGAAUGGUAACAAAGCUUUCUUUUCAGCUGAUUAAAUGCACUUAGCUAAUAAACCAAAAUUUGUUCUUUAAAAAAAAUUGAGCUGUGUGGAAUCUGGAUAAGAUUAUGUUUCUCCCAGAAAGACAAGUUUUACUGUAAAUGCUUUUGAUGGACAAAAGUGUGACCACUUUUUAAGAAAAGGUUAUGAUGAUUUGUUUUUUUAAAAAAUUUCUGAGAACCUCCAGGUCUUCGUGUUUAAUUUAUAUGCAUGUGGAUAAUUUGUAUGUUUUCAAAAACAUAGAAGAAUCUCCAUAUUUUUUAAUGCAAAUUUUAUCUUGUAAGCUGCUAUGCAAAUUGUAUUAAAAGCCCUACCUACUUAAAGAGUUUAACAUUUUCGAAGCUUUCAGGGAAGACCUGUAGACGUAAGCACUUUCUCUGCUUUUUUUGUAUCUUAUCUUGGAUACUUACGCUGAAUUAUGUUAUUGUUUUCACUGGUUAUAAGCUAUUGAUUGUACAUAAUAUGUAAACCAUCCAAAUAUCCAGCAUACGUUUCCAUGUCGCUGCCAUCCACUAUUGACACCAUGAAUGAAAUGGCUGGUUAGAAAGCCAAAGGUUGUGUUUUUUCCAUCCUUAAUGAAGAAGUAAAAUACCAGAUCUCUUUGGUCUCAAAACA